CUUCCCUGCCAGUGUGGGAGUUGGCUUGCAUGUAAAGUGAAGGAACGCAGCUUACUAGUAUUGGAACAGCGGACGUUUUGUGGCUGCCUGUAUUAUUGCGGUCGCAGCACAAUUCGCGAAUGUAUGUUCUGAGGCUCUAUCUUCCGUUUUUCAGAUCUAGAUUUACCAGCCGGCUUUUCCGCCAUAGCGUCCAAGAUGAUUGGUUUCUUCGUGUUCUGACUAUGCACCGCGCCCUUAAACUACAAAGAUUUCUGGAAUCCUCCCGACCUUAUGCGAAUGUAGGGGAGCAACGCUGCAAGAGCUGGUGUAUUUUUCCUUUCACUCUGCUCACUCUGCUUUGCGUUGACGCAAAGUCUAGCUUCCAAAACUAUUGUGGAAAUGGUGUAGCCGGAGGCGUUAUACGUCUCCGUCAACUGAAUCAUCUACAAGAUAUGGUAUUUUUUUCAGUGACCAGAGGUGCGUAUCCAGUCGUCUACUCGCCCCGAACCAUCUCUCCGUGGUCUAUAUCAUGGAUUAUCGUGAACCGCAUAAAUCCCCGCGUGGAUAGCACAGUUCUGUGCAUGGCCAAGGAUCAUAUCCCUCUUGUCAUAGAAAGUCAAGAAAGAUAUAUCCUGCGAUCCAACUCCAGCAUAUUAGCUGCUAUUCUAGUCAGCUUCAUCGGUCUCGUCGUCACGGCCGCAUUCCGGAAUGUUCACGACGAGGAUCACUGGAAACCAUCCGAUCUCCUGAUGCGAAUGAUGGACUCGAGCCGGCGGAACAGCGUCUCAAGGGCUGAUGAACUUUGCCUUUCACCCGCCUAUGCCUUAACGAUUGCUGGCAGCGCGCACAACAGGUGAGCUCCAAGUCCCCGUCAUGCGAUGCUCAUCUAUCUUGAUCGAGGUCUAUAUGUGUGCACACCGAAUCAUCGGGUCUAUCACCGUAAACGAUGUCUUGAAACGCGCAUCCACUUGCGUUGAUGCACUGUUCCGAUUUUACCUAUACAUUCUUUGCUUUGUAUAUGUUUCCGAUGGGCCCAAUGGUUCGAGUCUCUUUCAACAGAAUACCGGUAUCUCGUUGAAUACGCGCCCCACGGAAUUACGCG